AUGUUGAAUAAAUAUAACGAAUUACUUUCAGAUCUCAAUCGAUCACUAGAAAGUGAACCAGAUAAUGCAUUUGCAUUGAUAAAUCGUGGAGUAACCUACAGAGUGUUGAAUAAGUACAAUGAAUCACUUUCGGAUCUCAGUAGAUCACUAGAAAUAGAACCAGAUAAUGCAUUUACAUUGAUAAAUCGUGGAAUAACCUACAGAAUGUUGAAUAAGUAUAAUGAAUCACUUUCGGAUCUCACUAGAUCACUAGAAAUAGAACCAGAUAUUGCAUUUGUAUUGAGAAAUCGUGGAGUAACAUAUAUACUGCUAAAUAAAUACAACGAAUCACUUUUUGAUCUCAAUAGAUCACUAGAAAUAGAACCAGAUGAUGCUGAAGCAUUAAGAGGUCGUGGAGUAACGUACAGAAUGUUGAAUAAAUAUAACGAAGCACUUAUAGAUCUCAAUAGAUCAUUAAUAAUAGAACCAGAUAAUGCAGUCGCACUGACAAAUCGUGGAGUAACAUACAGAAUGUUAAAUAAAUACAAUGAAUCACUUUCAGAUUUCAAUCGGUCACUAGAAAUAGAACCGGAUAAUGCUUUUGCAUUGGCGAGUCGUGGAGUAACAUACAGAAUGUUAAAUAAAUACAAUGAAUCAUUUUCGGAUCUCAACAUGUCAUUGAAAAUAAAACCAGAUAAUGCAUUUGCAUUGAGAAAUCGUGGAGUAACCUACAAAAUGUUGAAUAAAUCUAAUAAAUCACUUUCAGAUAUCAAUAUAUCUCAAGAACUAGAACAAGAUAAUGAGGCUGCGUUGAGGAUUCGUGGAGAAACCUACAGACUGUUGAAUAAAUGUAGAGAAUUACUUUCAGAUCUCAAUAGAUCAUUAGAAAUAGAACCGGAUAACGCUUUUGUAUUAAGAAAUCGUGGAGUAACCUACAUAAUGCUGAAUAAAUAUAACGAAGCACUUUCAGAUCUCAAUAAAUCAUUAGAAAUAGAACCAGAUAAUGCUUUUGCAUUAAGGAGUCGUGGAAUGACAUACAGAAUGUUAAAUAAAUACAACGAAUCACUUUUUGAUCUCAAUCGGUCACUAGAAAUAGAACCAGAAAAUGCCUUUGCAUUGAGGAGUCGUGGAAUAACCUACAGAAUGUUGAAUAAUUACAACAAAUCUCUUUUGGAUUUCAAUCGAUCACUAGAAAUAGAACCAAAUAAUGCUUCUGCAUUGAUAAAUCGUGGAGAAACAUACAUAAUGUUAAAUAAAUACAACGAAUCACUUUCAGAUCUCAAUCAAUUACUAGAAAUAGAACCAAAUAAUGCCGACGCAUUAAGAAAUCGUGGAGAUGCCUAUAGAAUCUUAAAUAAGUACAACGAAUCACUUUCAGAUCUUAACCGAUCACUAGAAAUAGAACCAGAUAAUGCGAGUGCAUUAAGGAGUCGUGGAGCAACAUACAGAUCAUUGAAUAAUUAUAAUGAAUCACUUUCAGAUCUCAAUAAAUCAUUAGAGAUAGAACCAGAUAAUGCUUUUACAUUGAGGAGUCGUGGAAUGACAUACAGAUCGUUAAAUGAAUAUUACAAAUCACUUUUUGAUCUCAAUCGGUCACUAGAAAUAGAACCAGAUAAUGCCCUUGCAUUGAAGAGUCGAGGAGAAACCUGUAGAUUGUUGAAUAAAUACAACAAAUCUCUUUCAGAUCUCAAUCGAUCACUAGAAAUAGAUCCAAAUAAUGCCUUUGCAUUGAUAAACCGUGGAGAAACCUAUAGAAUGUUAAAUAAAUAUAACGAAUCACUUUCGGAUUUCAAUAGAUCACUAGAAAUGGAACCAGAUAAUGCCGAUGCAUUAAGAAAUCGUGGAGAAGCUUACAGGAUGUUAAAUAAAUACAACGAAUCACUUAUAGAUCUCAAUCGAUCACUAGAAAUAGAACCAAAUAAUGCGGAUGCAUUAAGGAGUCGUGGAGCAACAUACAGAUUGUUGAAUAAAUAUAAUGAAGCACUUUCGGAUCUCAAUAGAUCACUAGAAAUACAACAAAAUAAUGCUUUCGCAUUGAUAAAUCGUGGAGUAACCUAUAGGUUGAUGAAUAAAUAUGACGAAUCACUUUCAGAUCUCAAUAGAUCAUUAGAAAUAGAACCAGAUAAUGCGGAUGCAUUGAGAAAUCGUGGAGUAACCUACAAAAUGUUAAAUAAAUAUAACGAAGCACUUUCAGAUUUCAACAGAUCACUAGAAAUAGAACCAAAUAAUGCUUUUGCGUUGAGAAGCCGUGGCGAAACCUACAGAUUGAUAAAUGAUUAUAAUAAAUCACUUUCAGAUCUCAAUAGAUCACUAGAAAUAGAACCAGGUAAUGCCAACGCAUUGAGAAAUCGUGGAGAGACCUACAUAUCGUUGAAAAAAUAUAACGAAUCACUUUUAGAUCUAAAUAUAUCACUAGAAAUAGAACCAGAUAAUGCGAUCGCAUUGAGAAAUCGUGGGAUAGCAUACAGAUUGUCGAAUAAAUAUUACGAAGCACUUUUGGAUCUCAAUAAAUCAUUAGAAAUAGAACCAGAUAAUGCGGAUGCAUUGAGAAAUUGUGGUGCAACCUUCAGAAUAAUAAAAGAAUAUAAUGAAUCACUUUCAGAUCUCAAUAGAUCGUUAAGAAUAGAACCAAACAAUGCUUUUGCAUUGACAAAUCGUGGAAUAACCUAUAGAAUGUUGAAUGAAUACAACAAAUCACUUUCAGAUCUCAAUAGAUCACUAGAAAUAAAACAAGAUAAUGUUGAUGCAUUGAUUAAUCGUGGGGUAACCUACAGAAUGUUGAAAGAAUAUAACAAAUCACUUUCGGAUCUCAAUAGAUCAUUAAAAAUAGAAUCGGAUAAUUUUGAUGCAUUGAUUAAUCGUGGAGUAACCUACAGAAUGUUGAAAGAAUACAACGAGUCACUUUCAGAUCUCAAUAGAUCGCUAGAAAUAGAACCAAACAAUACUUUUGCAUUAACAAAUCGUGGAAUAACCUAUAGAAUGUUGAAUGAAUACAACAAAUCACUUUCAGAUUUCAAUAGAUCACUAGAAAUAGAACCAGAUAGUGUUGAUGCAUUGAUUAAUCGUGGGGUAACCUACAGAAUGUUGAAAGAAUACAACAAAUCACUUUCGGAUCUCAAUAGGUCAUUAGAAAUAGAAUCGGAUAAUGCUGACGCAUUGAGAAAUCGUGGAGUAACCUACAGAAUGUUAAAUAAAUAUAACGAAUCACUCUCGGAUCUUAAUAGAUCGCUAGAAAUGGAAUCAAAUAAUGCUUUAGCAUUGAGGAAUCGUGGGGAAAUCUACAGAAUGUUGAAUAGAUACAGCGAAUCUCUUUUGGAUCUCAAUAAAUCGCUAGAAAUAGAACCAAAUAAUGCUUUUGCAUUGAUGAGUCGUGGAAUAACCUACAGAAUGUUAAAUAAAUAUAACGAAUCACUUUCAGAUAUCAAUAUAUUACUAGAAAUAGAACCAGAUAAUGCUUUUGCAUUGAGAAAUCGUGGAGAAACCUACAGAAUGUUGAAAAAAUACAACAAAUCAGUUUCGGAUCUCAAUAGAUCACUAGAAAUAGAACCAGAUAAUGCUAACACAUUGAAGAUUCGUGGAGCAACAUACAGAUUGUUGAAUAAAUAUAACGAAUCACUCUCAGACCUUAAUAGAUCACUAAAAAUAGAACCAAAUAAUGCGGACACAUUUCGGAGUCGUGGAGAAAUCUACAGAUUGUUAAAUAAGUACAACGAAUCACUCUCAGAUAUUAAUAGAUCACUAGAAAUAGAACCAAAUAAUGCUGACGCAUAUAUAAACCGUGGGGUAACCUAUAGAAUGUUGAAUAAAUAUAAUGAAUCUCUUUCAGAUCUCAAUAGAUCACUGGAAAUAGAACCAGAUAAUGCUUUUGCAUUGAUAAAUCGUGGAACAACUUACAGAAUGUUAAAUAAAUAUAACGAAUCACUUUCAGAUUUCAAUAGAUCACUAGAAAUAGAACCAGAUAAUGCUUUAGCAUUGAGGAAUCGUGGAGAAAUCUACAGAAUGUUAAAUAGAUGCAGCGAAUCUCUGUUGGAUCUUAAUAAAUCGCUAGAAAUAGAACCAAAUAAUGCUUUUGCAUUGAUGAGUCGUGGGGUAACCUACAGAAUGUUGAAAGAAUACAACAAAUCACUUUCGGAUCUCAAUAGAUCAUUAGAAAUAAAAUCGGAUAAUGCUGACGCAUUGAGAAAUCGUGGAGAAACCUACAGAAUGUUGAAAAAAUAUAACGAAGCGCUUUCGGAUCUCAGUAUAUCACUAGAAAUAGAACCAAAUAAUGCUUUUGCACUGAGCAGUCGUGGAGCAACUUACAGAAUGUUGAAUAAAUAUUACGAAUCACUCUCAGAUCUCCAUAGAUUACUAAAAAUAGAACCAGAUAAUGUUAAUGCAUUGAUUAAUCGUGGGGUAACCUACAGAAUGUUGAAAGAAUACAACAAAUCACUUUCGGACCUCAAUAGAUCAUUAGAAAUAAGAUCGGAUAAUGCUGACGCAUUGAGAAAUCGUGGAGUAACCUACAGAUUGUUAAAUAAAUACAACGAAUCACUUUUGGAUCUCACUAAAUCAUUGGAAAUAGAAACAAAUAAUGCUGAGACAUUGAGGUAUCGUGGAGAAACCUACAGGUUAUUGAAUAAAUAUGACGAAUCACUUAUUGAUCUCAAUCAAUCACUAGGAAUAGAACCAGAUAAUGUGGAUGCAUUAAGGAGUCGUGGA